UCUGUUGGCGUACAAUAUGAAGAUUUACACUGCGAUAGGAAAUAAAAAUGUAAAGAAUAAUAAAUAAUAAUGGACUGAGAAGCUGCCAGAGGUUCAUAGUGCAGCAGACGUUAAACAUGAUUAAACAAGUGUUCUGACGGUGAGUUCAGGUGCAGCUGGGACGUUCUGACCUGCAGGACGCUGAAGGUUAAACUGGAGCACCUGGAGAACAAACCAUGAUUGGAGAGCCUCUUCUGCUGAUUGGACACUUAGAGACGAGAGAAGGAGGGUCUGGGAAUUAAAAACAACAACAAACACACACACAAACACACACACUAAUAUGUUGGUUCAGUCUCUCGGUCCGUCCAGAUCAGGUCCGUCAUCAUGGCUCUCCGGAUCGCAGCAUUUCUCUGUUUCCUCUGUUUCCUGCUGGGAGCAAACUGUUGGCACGACCUGGACAACACGGAGUACGACUGCUGGCCGAUCAAUAACCCCAAUGAUUACAACAUGAUCAGCUGUGGAGGGCUGGAGAUGGCCUGGGUGCAGCGUCCUCCAGACAAAGUCACCAAUGGGGAAGAGUUCAACGUCUCGUACACGGUGACGGCGUCCGACUCCUUCUACGAGUACGCAGUCAGAAACAGGAUCUUCCAGUUCAGCGACGCCUCAGAAGCGAAGAGAUUCUGUCACGAACACGAAUGUCCUUCACUCUGGAACAAUGCCAACGAGAUGAACUGCUGCGUUUAUCACGCCAACAUCCACUCCUGUCCUCUGGGACUAAUGAAAAAAGGUGGGAUCUGUGGUCCGUGGAUUCCUGAUGAUGGUAAAAUCGUGACUCACACAGUGUCCAAAGCCGGAAAGAUGAGUCAGAAGUACUGGACCUCAAAGGUUGUGUUGAUCCAUGUUGGUGUCACCUCAGUCAUUGCUCACAUUAAAAUCGGACAGAUGCACGCAGCGCUGGAGUCCAAAGUGCUGGUUGUCAGCGCUCAGGUUUGUGGAGACGAAGUGUGCGAGCUGGAGGAAAACUGCCUGAACUGUCCUGCAGACUGCGGCAUCUGUCCGAUGUCCAUCACCAUCAAGGUGGCCAUCGGUCUUCCAGUCACACUGUUCAGCAGCGGCUUCAUCCUCACCAUGGUGUGGCUACAGUACCAGAAACAGAAGAUGUUCUGGGAUGAAAGCUGGAUCAUCAACUACAAGAACAUAAUAUUUGGCAGAGUUUGCUACAUGGGCCUCGGCAGCGCCUCCAGUCUGCAGCGAGUCAAGAGCAGCUCCACCGUCAGUCGAACCACCGACGUGACGGUUUUCACCGGAGUCAACAGCACCUUCAAACAAGGCUGCAUUCAGCCGGGGAUAUACGACGGCAGGACGGUGGCAGUGAAACACAUCCAGAAGAAAAACUUUGUCCUGUCGAAAACCAUCAGGAAGGAAGUGAAAGAAGUUCGGCAGCUGGACCAUCCGAAUCUAUGCAAGUUCAUUGGUGGUUCCAUCGAGGUUCCCUAUGUGAGCAUCAUCACGGAGCACUGCCCCAAAGGAAGCCUGUCGGACGUCCUGCUGAAUGAUGACAUCCCAAUCAACUGGGGCUUCAGGUUGUCCUUCGCCACCGACAUCGCCCGCGGGAUGCACUACCUCCACCAGCACAAGAUGUUUCAUGGGAGACUUCACUCCAGAAACUGUGUGGUUGACGACCGCUGGGUUUGCAAAAUCUCAGAUUAUGGGCUCAUGGCCUACAGAAAGGAAGACUUUGAAGCCAACAGUAAUGGCUUCAACUGUGGGGAAGUGAACCUCAUUUAUUGUGCUCCAGAGGUGCUGCUGGGGAGCAGCUCCAACAUGAUGCCAGCGGCAGACAUCUACAGCUACUCCAUGAUUCUGGUUGAGAUCGCGACUCGCUCUGAGCUCGUCUCGGACCAGGCCGACGGGGUGAGGAUGGACAUCAUGUGGCGUCCUCCGCUGCCUGAACUCAAAGCUGGGAAGGCCGACACCGACUGCCCCAACCAGGGAGACUACUGUGAGCUCAUUAAGAAGUGCUGGUCUCACAACGUCACCAUGAGGCCCACGUUCGAGCAGGUGAAGAAGAUGCUCGAAAAGAUGAACCCACACAAAGUCAGCCCUGUGGACAUGAUGAUGAACCUGAUGGAGAAAUACAGCAAACAUCUGGAGGCCAUAGUGGCAGAAAGAACUCAGGACCUUCUUCAGGAGAAGCAGAAGACUGAUCGAUUGUUGUACAGUAUGCUACCAAAGCCGGUGGCUGAUGAUCUUCGUCAAGGACGAACAGCAGAAGCUCAGAGUUUCUCCAACGCCACCGUCUACUUCAGUGAUAUUGUGGGUUUCACGGAGCUGUCCGGUGCCAGCACCCCCCACCAGGUCGUGGACUUCCUCAACCAGCUCUACACCUCCUUCGACGACAUCAUCGACAACUAUGAUGUCUAUAAAGUGGAGACAAUUGGCGAUGCUUACAUGGUGGUUUCUGGCGUCCCUCAAGAAAACGGCAUCAACCACGCAGGAGAAAUCGCCAGCAUGGCCCUGGACCUCGUCAGCGUCUGCCACACCUUUAAAAUCCCCCACAAGCCCAACACCCAGCUGAAGAUCCGGGCUGGAAUCCACUCAGGACCUGUUGUAGCCGGUGUGGUUGGAACCAAAAUGCCGCGAUACUGUUUGUUUGGAGACACCGUCAACACAGCGUCACGGAUGGAAUCAACAAGCGAAGCUCUGAAGAUCCAGGUGAGCGGCGCCACAGCCGACCUGCUUCACUGCCUCAGAGGAUAUAUUCUGACCUGCAGAGGAACGCUCAAUGUCAAGGGCAAAGGCGACAUGACGACGUGGUGGCUGGAAGCGAAGAAAGACGACCAGACUGACCCGCUGCGAAGAACGUCUGAAUCCAGAACGAUUCCAGUUCCAGUCAGUGACUAGAACCAGAAUAAAAACAAGUCAGGAUUCACGUUGUUUCUGGGGAUAAACGUUCACAACGAACAGAUAAUUAAAUGUUCUUUCACUAGUUCCCUCGCUGUGACCAGAAGUGAUGUUUAAAUCUGAUUAUUUGUAGAAAAAACAACAGAAAUGCAAUCUUUGAGGAUUUUUUUUAGCUUUCUUUUGUGUUUUUGCUUUUUUUUUUUAAAUUCUAAGUCAGGGGUGUCCAACUUAUUUUAGUCCAGGUUCCACAUUCAGUCCAGUUUGAUCUACAGUAACCAGUAAAAUCACAGCAUAAUAACCUAUAAAUAACCACAACUCGUAAUGUUUCCUUUGUUUUAGUGCAAAAAUGUUCACAUUUAAGGAAUUAUGUUUCUACAAAAUAUUUCCACAUUACAACUUCCACAUCACAGAGUGUUGACAAAGGAACACAACAUUUAGUCAUUGGAACUGACUAAUAUACUAUUUGACUUUAUGAUCAAAACGACAAAAAAAGACAAAAACUAGACAAAAAAAUUGAAAAGUGAGAAACAAAAUGACAAAAAAUGGAUAAAAAACACAACAGAGACAAAAAGGAAACACAAAACGACAAAAACAUGAGACAAGCAACAAAAGUCAGAAAAAAAGACAAAAAAACAACAAAAUGAGACAAAAAAUGACAAAAAAAAUAGACAAAUGACACAAAACAAAGAGGCAAAAAAUUUACCAAAAAAGUUACAAAGCAACAAAAAAAUGAACAAAAGCAAGACAAAAAGUUACACAAAUGACACAAACGAGACAAAAAAUGACAAAAGCGAGAAACAAAACCACAGAAACGUUACACAAAACAAUGAAUGACAAAAAUAAGACAAAAAACACAAGUGAGACAAAAAGGAAACAAAAAACGACAAAAGUGAGACAAACGACAGGAAACAAAAAAGAGACAAAAAAUUUCACUAAAAAGUUACAAAGCGACAAAAAAAUGGACAAAAACUAGACAAAAAAUGACGAAAAAGCAAAAGAAACAACAAAAAAUAGACAACGAACACGUGAGACUAAAAAACAUAAAACAACGAAUAACGCAAAACACAACAUGACAAAAAUGAGACAAAAGACACAAGUGAGACAAAAAGGAAACAAUGACAAAAGUCAGACAAAAAAAGACAACAUCAAAAACAAGACAAAAUAUUACAAAAAUGAGACACAAAACAAAAGCGAGAAACAAAAUGACAAAAAAUGAGACAAAUGACAUGAAACAAAACAACAAAACAGACAAAAAAUUAGACAAAAAAGUUACAAAACAACAAAAAAUGGAGAAGCAAUGCAAGUGAGACAAAAAAAACCCACAAAUCAACAAAAACGUUACACAAAACAACGAAUAAAGCAAAAACACACAACGACAAAAAUAAGACAAGAAAGGACCAAAACGUGAGACAAACGAUCAAAAAUAGACAAAAACAAGACAAAAUAUUACAAAAAUGAGACACAAAACAACAAAAGAACAAUGAACAAUCUAGUAUUUUACUUUCUGAUCAAAACAACUUGUCAUGGUCUAGAAAUUAUUUUAAAUUUAUAGUUUUACUAAUUUACAAUCUGCAGUUAAUGUCUUCUCUGGAAUUUUUACAUGUUGAGAGCCAGAUUGGACCCUCUGGAGGACCGGUUUUGGCCUGUGGGCCACAUGUUGGACACCCCUGAUUUAAAUAUUCACUGCCUGAAAAUGAUAAUUACUCGUACAGAAGAAAGAUGAAUUGCAUUUUUGUUUUAAUAAUUUGAUUGUUUCAAUUUAUUCAGCUCCAGUGUGAUGAAUAAACUGAUUAUUUCCAUUUCAUUAUAAUCCUCCAGGCUUGGUCACAGAC